CGAAAAUAAACUGUUCGAUUAUUUAGUAAUCAAAGCUUGGUGUUACGUUUGGAAAAAAUAAUUCAAAAUGUCCUACCUCGGAAAAUUGUACUCACACGACAGAGAUGAAAACUACGAAUCUUAUAUUGAAAGUUUAGGUCUGCCGGCUGAUAAAGUGGCAAACUUGAAGAACUACAAGCCACAACAGAAGCUAGAGAAAAAUGGGGACACCUACACGUUGACAGCUGUCAGUCCCGUGGGCAACCGGGUAGCCUCUUUUAAAGUAGGCGAGGAGUUUGAUGAGACAGUCGCCGAGGGACAUAAAGCGAAGACUACAUACACUCUUGAUGGCAACACUCUUACUCAAACCCAAAAAUUCCCUGACGGUAAUAUUUUGUACACCAAAAGAGAAUAUUUCGACGACAAACUGAUAGUGACGCUGACGAGAACAAACUGGGAUGGUACUGCUGUGAGAUACUACAAAGCUUAAUUUGAUUUUUUUUAUAAGCUAACUUUUAAUAUUUGAUUAAAACCUUUUUAAUAUAAAUAAAACAUCAAAA